CGCGCCACAGCGGGCUGCGGGGGGCCCCGGCCAGGCCCCGGCCAGGCCCCGGCCAAGGCGAGGGCCCCUCCGCGAUAAAAGGCGACCACCACCCGGUCCUUGUGCAGUCCGGCGCGCGCGCACCCAAAGCAAAGCAGCGCUUACCUUCACCGCCAUGAUGACCAGUUUCGCCGAGAUGUCGUCGCUCCUGGUGUUAGUCGCCGCCGCCCUGCUCGCGUCCACCACCGUCACCGCCGAGGAGGGCGCGUCUUCGCUGUCAGAGGUGCAGCUGACGGCGUCGGUGGCGCCCCCCGCCGAUGACGCUCCCCGAUCAUCCUACGCCUUCGGGUCCGGGUCCGGGUCGCCGCCCGAGUGGCUCAUGGAGGAGCCCUGCACUCGGGCGGGCGGCAUCUGCAUGCACGUCAACGAGUGCGGCGGCUCCCUCAGCGAGAAGCCCGGCCUCUGCCCCAAGCAGCGAGCCAAGGGCGUCGAGUGCUGCCACGGAUUGUCCGUGCUGGAGACGAGGUGCAGGAAGCGUGGCGGCGAGUGCAUGGUCACCGACCAGUGCAACCCCAGGCUGCGCGACUCGCGGGCGACCGACUGCUCCUACGGGGAGUCCUGCUGCAUCCUCGUGGCUCUGUGAGGGAGCGAUGCCCCCGAACCGCCCUCCCCACCUGAUGCUAGUCCAUCUCUGAACAAGUUGUGAUGCAACCUCCACUACGUUUUAAGGUCUCAAGUAUUAUGAAGAAACUAACAUGUAUGCGCUGAUAUUAAAUGUCGUAUUCGUUAAGUAUACUAAAAUGUUAUCACUUAACAUAAAAUCACUUUUCCUCA